GUCUUGAACUCACAGAGAUCCGCCUGCCUCUGCCUCCCGAGUGCUGGGAUUAAAGGCUUACGCCACCACCCUUGGCGUGUCCUGUAUUUUUACCAUGGGCAAUAUGCCGAUGAAAGUGUCGUUCAUACAAGAGAAACAAAAAUCCUCAGGGUGAUAAUGGAAAGAAGGCGUGGAGAGCGGGUCCCCAAGCAGCGCCAAGGGGCCUCCUAGGCCUUGGGCAGCCGAGAAACCCCUCGAGCCCCGCCCAGCAGGAGAACCUUCCGCUCCCGGGAGCAGACACGAGGAGGCGCUCGAAAGCACUUCCGGGGCGGGCAAGCGGCACUUCCGGGAAGGUCCUGUUUCCAGCCGCCAUUCGGGAGUCCUUGGAGCAAGCUCAGCGUUUCCUUUGGGCGUUUCCUCGCUUCACUCACGGAUACCUCGCCCGAGGCUCAUCGUCUUUUUGUCCUACUCUAUGUUGUUCCAUGGAUUAGUAAAAAAGCCAUGUAACUGCCUGCUCUUUGAGGACCACCUUUAGGGUGUCUCGUGAUAGCUGUGUUGAAAGUCUUUAAAGACCAAGUCAUUUGUGUUGUGACAGAAAAAAGAUGGAAGUGAUUCAGGAACUGCAUAAACCAUCAGCAAGCCUGGAGUGUGACCACUGUGGUUUCAGAGGCACUGAUUAUGAAAAUGUGCAGAUCCAUAUGGGCACCAUCCAUCCCGAAUUCUGUGAUGAUAUGGAUGCUGGCGGACUGGGCAAGAUGAUAUUUUACCAGAAGAGUGCAAAGCUCUUUCACUGCCAUAAGUGCUUUUUCACCAGCAAGAUGUACUCUAAUGUGUACUAUCACAUCACAUCCAAACAUUCGGCCCCAGAGAAGUGGAAUGAUAAGCCAAAAAACCAACUGAACAAAGAGACAGAUCCUGUGAAAAGCCUUUCUCUUCCUGAACACCAGAACACACCCUCUAGCCCAACAGAACUAAUGCCGACCCCAACCCUCCCUGCAGAAACACAGAAACUUGGUCCAGGCUUGUCUCCAGAGUCACCAAAUUCUGUUCCUCCUUCCCUAGAGCCUCAGAACCCUAGCCCUGUUGUUUCUUCUGAGCAACAGGCCCCUUGUCUUCCUGCUGAGCUCUCAAAGCCUGCUCCUGUUUCUUCCCCUGAAUGUCCAGAACCAGCCUCUGUGGUUUCUGAACCACAGAAGCCUGACCGAGUUCCUUCUCCUGCGCCACAGAAGGUUAUCCCCGUUUCUCCCGAGCCAGUAAAGUCUACUCUUGCUAGCUCCAAGCCCCAGAAGCACUCACCCUUUGCAGAUACAGGACCCCCACUUUCAGCCUUGUCCCCAGAGUCACCAGUUCUGGCCACUUCCCCUGAGCCUUGGGGGCCAUCCCCAGCUCCAUCUCCAGAGUCUAGGAAGCCAGCACGGACUGCCUCCCCUGAGCCAAGGAAGCCAUCUCCAUCAGAGUCUCCUGAACUUUGGAUACCAUUCCCUGCCAUCUCUCCAGAGCCUCGGAGACCAGCCCCAGCUGUUUCACCAGGUUCCUGGAAGCCAGGGCCACCUGGUUCCCCCAGGCCUUGGAAGUCUAGUCCUUCAGCGACUUCAGGACCUUGGAAAUCAACUAAGCCUGCUCCAUCUGUGUCUCCUGGACCUUGGAAGCCAAUUCCUUCUAUAUCACCUGGGCCUUGGAAACCAACUCCAUCUAUGUCCUCUGCAUCCUGGAAGUCUUCAGUUUCAUCUGGUUCUUGGAAAACUUCCCCCACAUCUCCAGAGUCGUGGAAGUCGGGCCCACCAGAGCUCCGAAAGACAGCUCUCACUUUGUCACCUGAACAUUGGAAGGCAGUUCCCCCUGUGUCUCCUGAGCUUCGCAGACCAGGCCCACCCCUCUCCCCAGAGAUCCGCAGUCCAGCAGGUUCUCCAGAGCUCAGGAAGCCUUCAGGGUCACCAGACCUUUGGAAGCUUGCUCCUGACCAGCGGAAAACUUCCCCUGCUUCCCUAGAUUUUUCUGAGUCCCAGAAAAGUUCCCCUGGCAGUUCUCCUGAUCUCCGGAAGUCUUCCUUUAUUUUGGAGUCUCAGAAGUCUAAUGUCUUCCCUGAGACACGGAAACCAGGUCCUUCUGGGCCAUCUGAGUCCCCCAAAGUAGCCUCUGAUAUAUGGAAGCCUGUCCUCUCUACUGAUGCUGAGCCUAGGAAGUCCACACUUUUUCCUGAGCCCACCAAAACAGUUCCUCCUGUUUCUCCAGAGCCACGAAAGCGUGUACUUUUCCCAGAGUCCCGGAAGCAUGUACUUUUCUCUGAGCUCACCAAGUCUGCUGUAUUCUCAGAGGCUCAGAAGGCCACUGAGCUUAAUGAUGAGCUACAGCUGGAAGCUGUUGAUGACACCCAGUCUGAUCCUCUGGUCCAGGAAGAAGCUAUAUCUAUAGGUUCUAUACCUAAGAAACUUUUAGAAGAUGCUUUAUUCCCUUCCUCUAAGAAGCUCAAGAAGGACAGCCAGGAGAACUCAGAUGCUGAGCUCAGUAGCAGUGAACACGUCAGAACAGAUUCAGAUACUGUAGAUAUCAGGGGUCAAGAAUCAAGCAGUGAUCAAGAGCAGGUAGAUGUCGAAUCUGUUGAUUUCAGCAAAGAGAAUAAAAUGGAGAUGAGUAGUCCAGAGCAGUCCAAAAAUGUGCUACAGUUCACUGAAGAGAAGGAAGCGUUCAUCUCCGAAGAGGAGAUUGCAAAGUAUAUGAAGCGUGGAAAAGGGAAAUAUUAUUGCAAAAUUUGUUGCUGUCGUGCUAUGAAAAAAGGUGCUGUUUUGCAUCACUUAGUUAAUAAGCACAAUGUCCACAGCCCAUACAAGUGCACAAUUUGUGGAAAGGCAUUUCUUUUGGAGUCUCUCCUUAAAAAUCAUGUAGCAGCCCAUGGGCAAAGUUUACUUAAAUGUCCACGCUGUAAUUUUGAAUCAAAUUUCCCAAGAGGCUUUAAGAAACACUUAACUCAUUGUCAAAGCCGGCAUAAUGAAGAGGCAAAUAAGAAGCUGAUGGAAGCUCUCGAAUCGCCCCUGGAAGAGCCACAGAUCUAGUCUUCAAGCACCAUGUCAGUACUUGCCCUUCAAUGUUUGCCAAAAUUGUAGCUUGUUAAGUAGCCUAGUUAGAUCUGUAGGUGGUGUUGUGCAGUGUAUCCCAUUUACUUGUCUUAAUAGUGUUACAAAGAAUAAGCACUUGGUUAUUUUUUCAUGAGCUCUUGUUUAUGUGACUGCCUAUUUUUUAAGUCAUUACAUUUAUAUAUUCCAGAUGGAUGCAAUUCAUUUUCUUUAAACAUAUUUUAGUGGUAAUACAAGGAACUAGGCUUUCCAUUUAAUAAACAAGAGAAAUUUUAACCCUAAUUAAACCCUCCCCCCCUUACC